AUGCCUUCUGCCAGUAGCAAGGGCAAGGCCAAGCCCGGUAGCCAGCCACGCGACUCACGCCGUUCGCGCAGUCGUAACACAACGCCCAUCUCCGGUAACAGCGUCGCCGUCACCAUCGAGCCCACCACCUCGCCCUCCUACCUCCACACCGCCCUGUCACAGCUCGCAAACACGUCCAGCAUCUUCAUCGAGGACAUUUUCAGCAAUGGCUCCAACCCCAACAACAUCCCCUCCGCCGAGGCUCUGCACGCCAUGCAGGAGGACAUCAAGAACCGCUUCAUCCCCGCCCAGACCCAGCGCGGCGAGACGAGCGAGCGAUUUAUGCGCCAUCUGAUGAAGCGCCGCAAAGAACGUAUGGAACAGGAGCGUGAUAAGGAGCGUGCCGAUCGUGAGGCCGAAGAGAGAAAGCACAAGCUGAAGAAGGUCUCGAAGAAGCGCGAGCCAGACGAGGACCGCCCAUUGGCGGUAGGCGCGCAUGGCGUGGCUAGGCAAGAUGGUGUUGACGUUCACAAGGAUGCAUCAUCUACAAUCUCCUCUCCCAUUUCGCAGCCCCCGCCUUCGGCCACUGGCACCAAGAUGGAGGACGCGGCAUCGCCUAGCGGUUCUGAAGAAUCUCACCAACCUCCACCUGCGCCGGCAGUACCUGCUUAUCAAACAUUUGGCCCGGAUCCUACCAAGUUCGAUGACCCCACAAUCUACCAUAUUCGUGAAGUCACAGAUGAUACCCCUGAGUAUUUAAAGAAGGAAAUACUUGGCGUGGCCGUCUACCCCCAGGAUGAUCUCCAUGACUUGACUCCUGGUACACCACCAGACAAAGACUAUAGCAACCCGAAACCGCAGACGCAGAUUAAUGCUACUGUUUUUGCCAACUAUGCCGAGCCAUACAUCCGGCCGUUGACCGAAGAAGACCUCUCAUUCUUGAAAGAGCGCGGUGAUCGCGUCACCCCUUUCCAGAUGCCCCGCCGUGGCCCACGAUACUACAAAGAGAUCUGGGCUGAUGAGGACGGCGCUAUGGCUAUCGAUCAAAAUGCCGAUAAGUUACCACCGAACGAACCGCGCGGCAGUAUGGAUGUCAUGAACGAUGAAGUUGGGGAGACGGAGGCCGUCUCCGCGGGCCCCGUAGUCUCGCGGUUAUUAGCCACAUUGCGCGCGGAAGGUCGAAGCCAGAGCACCAACGAAGCAAACGGCACCGAAAUGGAGAUCGACGGCGAAGCAGGCGAAUCCAGCAGCAAUGCACCACAGCCUGCUGCCACGUUCAUGCCCGAAUCCAAUCUCCCCAACUGGAAAAACGCACCUGCCACCAAGCUUGACUAUGCAAGCAUGGACGAACGCGCGAUGCAAGAGCUUGUACACAUCGGCUUUCUCUCGGCAGACGACAAGCCCGACUACGACGGACACUUCGACGAUGAAGUCGCCGCGCGGCUGCGCUACCUGCAAGAUGAACUCAGGCGGCAAUCAAUCGUCAACGGAGCACGAAAAUCGCGGCUCCUCGAGCUCGCCCAGGCACGCAUGGCGCAACAGGAGUUCUCGGCCAUCGAAGACGACCUCAACAACCAGCUCAACGCCGCCUAUCUCAAGCGCAACCGCAACCUCGGCAAGGGCAAAAAGAACAACAAGAGGCCUGGCGGUGCUGGCGGUGGGUCGCACGUUGUCCAAGCUGGUGGCGUGUCGAGUCGCGGGCUUGGCGAGGAGAUUCGCGCACUCAUGGAGAAGAAAGAGCGCUGGACGCAUAUUAUUGGCCCCGUGGUGGAUUUUGGUAAGGCGGGCAUUCCGAAGGAAAGUGUUUUUGACGAGGACGCGAUGAAGAAGUUUAUUGAGAAGGAGCAAGAGGGAUGGACAGAGGUGGAGGAGUAG